AUGUCACCGUACCAGUUGGUUUAUGGCAAGGCAUGUAAUCUGCCAAUUGAAUUAGAGCAUAAGGCGUUGUGGGCACUUAGGAGGUUGAAUUUGAACUGGAAUGAGACAGCGCAGUUGAGAAUGGGGCAGCUAAAUGAGAUGGAUGAGUUUCGUCUCGGGGUGUAUGAAAAGGCAGAUCUUUACAAGGAGAGAAUGAAAAAGUACUACGCCCGUAAGAUUGAAAAGCGAGAUUUCCAGAAAGGUGACUUGGUACUUUUGUUCAGCUCCAUACUUAAACUGUUUCCAGGAAUAGUUGGAAAAAGGGUUGAAACUCUGAGCUACUGGAACAAAAGUGAUGAUCAAUUUGGUGGACUACCAGUCACCUGA